UGCAUGAAGACUUCUACAAGACCACUCGUUCUCGCUGCGGAUCUCACAUUCCUAUCGCAAGGUCCAAUCGUAUUGACAACAAUGCCUGAACCAGCAAAAUCUGCCCCUAAGAAGGGAUCCAAGAAAGCCGUCACCAAAGCGGCCGGGAAGGGCGGCAAGAAGAGAAAGAGUCGCAGGAAGGAGAGCUACGCUAUCUACGUGUACAAGGUGCUUAAACAAGUGCACCCUGACACCGGUAUCUCUUCCAAGGCCAUGAGCAUCAUGAACUCCUUCGUCAACGACAUUUUUGAGCGCAUCGCUUCCGAGGCGUCGCGUCUGGCUCAUUACAACAAACGCUCCACCAUCACGUCCAGGGAGAUCCAGACCGCCGUACGUCUCCUGCUUCCCGGAGAGCUGGCCAAGCACGCCGUGUCUGAGGGCACCAAGGCCGUCACCAAGUACACCAGCUCCAAGUAAACAGGCUCCAAUAAAAAGGCUAGAAUUCUACCCAACGGCUCUUUUAAGAGCCACGCACUUCCUCUGCAGAGCAACCUACCUUGAAUGUUAUAUGUUAGCUAGCUCCUGCUAGUUAGCCCGCCAAUGACUGGUGCCAUUGAGUACAAUGGCCUGUGAGGGUCAAAUUGUGAUCUCCUUUCAUGCUAAGAGCUAAUCAAUUUGAGUGUUUGAAAAACCUAAAUGCACGAAAUAGAUGUUAGUAUUACCAAUUACCCCCAAUUAAGGCUAUAUCAGUCAUACAGAAACAUGCUAAUGCUAACAAUGACGUGUGUAGUAUAUAACAUUGGUAUGUUAUAUGUACAGUAUACAUAGCAAUUGGUCAUAUGUAUGCAUAUAUCCUCAAGACUUUUGUUUGUUUUUAUUUGAAUAUAGUUAUACAGAGCCCAAAUGGGAAGGAAUGAAAGUCUCCCUUUUUCAUUUUGCUUUCAAUCACAUUGUAAAAUAAAGAUGGUGAAUCUGAAACUGACAGGUGCUUGAUUUUUGUUUUGAUAAUAAAAACUUCCUGUGCUAACA